CUUGGCAACGGCUUCACCCUCUGGCCUGGUUUGGUGGCCAGCGGAGUGCUGACUAACCCGGUCUCAUUUGCUCUUGUCGGGCGACAAGUUAUCCGACUUACCAUCUUUAAUCUUUGUCAUCAAAUCAUCUCUUCUCCUUCCCUGUCGCCUCAAGCUCCGACAUCCGUUCCGGACUGCACGGUGCCGAGUUUCAUCUUGAAGCCUUUCUUCCUCAAAGUGCUCUGGAGGACCGGUCAAACAAACCGAAACCCACUACCUGCUGCACUGCAAGUGUCCUUAAUCUCACCUGUCUUUUCACGGCAUCCAAUUCUUCAGUCUGUUGGCUGUGGGAGGCGAUUGCACUGAAUGAUGAGUUUUCCGAGAAUGUCGACUGAUGGCCCACCAGAGAAUGUGGUUCAGGACCAAGUCCGGUCACUGCUGGAGAAUGAAAAGGUCAAACUUUGGGAGCCUCCUUACACAGCUGAAAAUAAAGAUGCUUCACCAGAGCUAAAAAUUCUAGGUGAGAAAUAUGCAUUACAGUUGUGCAUUGAUUUGAGUAUGGUGGAAAAUGUUCUUGAAAAUUUGCGAUGUAAUUCACUGCAAGGCAUAAAUGCAAAAAAGACAUUCGAGGACACUGGACUUGCAACAAUUCGCAUCCAUUACACCAGUCAUGCAAAAAGAAAAGAGAAAACUAAGUUGACAACGAAAUUAAACAUAUCAGCCAAAGAUCUGAGAGCUGAAAUUGCGAAAUUGACUGGAAUGAAUGAACAACAUGUUAAACUCAUAAUGAACUCCAAAGUUCUUAAAAUGGAUCGAUCGCUUGCUGAACAGAAUGUUAAAAAUAAUUCAAUUAUUAUGGUUAUGCAAAUAACUCUGACUGAAGAAGAAGCAAAAGAACAGGAGACAAUUUAUCAAGCAGAGAUGAAAGAAUGGGAUGAGAGGAAAGCCAAAAUAUCUAGGACCAGAAAGGGGGCUGAAAUCUUAGCUCAGCAUGGUGAAAAUACAGAUCUUAGUAACAUUCCAUACUUGGAGAUUGCAGAUCAGAAAGGGCGCCCAAUCCCUAUUCCUGCUGUGGAGAAAAAGGCACUAUUGUUAGCUAUGACGCUACAUGAAAAAGGCAGAGCAUUUAUGAAGAAGAAAGAUUAUGCUUCAGCGCUGUUGUAUUUGUUGGAUUCUGAUGAAGAAUUUGGGAAAUGUGGGUCUGAACUCCUGAACACUGUAGAUAACUAUGCAGUCCUGCAACUGGAAAUAGUCUGGUGUUACCUUCAACUGGAACAACUCGACUGCCUUCGUGAUGCAGAAGAGAGAUUAAAACGAGCCCAGACUCGGCUGAAUAAAUGCUACGGAGAGAACCUGGAGCGACUCUACAACCUGAAGGGUAACACUGCCAAUGAGCAGGUGCUAUAUUUGCGGCUCAGGCUUCUUCAGGGAGUGGUAUUGUACCAUAAAGGAAAGCUGGAUCAGACUAAAAAUCAUCUGAAUGAGGCAGAAACAUUAUUGGGAAAGCUUUCUGUGGAUGAUAAAAAGGUGGUGCAACUCAUGAGUCUCGGAUUCACAGCCCAGGAGGCACGACUAGGUUUGCGAGCUUGCAAUGAUGAUAUUGACUUUGCAGCAUCGCACAUCUACCACAGGAGAGAGGAGAAAGCUGAAAUCAGGAGAAAGGAGAAGGCAGAAAGAAAAAGGAAGAAACAAGAAGCUGUGAACUCUUUGGUGGCUAUGGGCUAUUCGGAAAAGGCUGCUGCCAAGGCAUUUAGAUCAGCCAAUAAUAACUUGGAACGUGCUAUAGAGAUACUUCAAUGCAGCAGAGAGCAAGGCUAUAUGGAUGAUGAGGAAGCUGGACCAAGUAACAGAGUCGAAAUUUCUGAAGAAACUGUUAACCAGGUAGCAUUUUUGGGUUUUGAUCAUUCUGCUGCUGAAAUUGCCCUCAGGAGAUUUAAUGGAAACAUUGAACGUGCUGUUCAGGCCUUGAUAGAUCAUGGCGGAUAUCUUCCGUCAAGCCUACUUAAUUCGCCUCCCUCAUCGACAUCACCAGAGGAUAUGGAUGUUGAUGCAGACCCCUCAGAAGAAAAGCAAAGGGAGCGUGAAAUUGUGGAAGAAGUUUUGGCAGAUAUCCCAGAGCAUGAGGAAGACUACCUUGAUAUGACCCUGGAAGAGGAGAGGGAGGUCGUCAUCAAGUACAAGACAUGGCUACAAGGGUCACAUCAAUCCACCUCGUAAUUUGACUGUGAAGGAGCAAGUACUUUAAGUUCUGCUGCUGAUUUGUGCUUCAUGCCUCUGUCUACAAAAUUUGAUGCCUUUUCUUGGUUAGAAACAAAAAUUGAAUUUUCUGAUUUAUUUGAUUGUCUCUGUCUCUGAUUUCCCCACCCCCACCCCCCUCAACUCCUGCAAAGAUCUGACACCAUGGCAUCCUUUUACUUUAAAAUUAAACUUAGCUUUUGGUACAAAUUUUAAGAAGGAUGCUUUGCAUUUUGUAGUAAAUGCGGGUAUUUACUUGACCAGCAGUUUUCUUGCUUCCAAAAUUGCUGUUGUUACAGCAAAAAGUGAAUCCAAAUUUGGAUGUUAUUAAUGCUGGGUAGUUCUACUUCACAAAUAGUCUCCAAUGACUUGUCUUUUUCUGGGCUUUGGUCGGCCACCUGGGGAAACCUGUCUGUCUGACUCCAGUUGUAUAGCUGUUUGGAUCUCUUGUCAGUCAGACAGAGUUUGCCAUCUGUAUCUUAACCAUCCUUGAUUUGUGAAAUUUUAAAUGAUUUUUGACAACCACAUUCAAUGGGUAGUAUUGUUUCCUUGUUCACCUACAAUGUUCUGUGCAGUUUGGAACUAGUCAGUAUUACCAGCCAUUUCCCUGCUGUCUGGUCUCGGUUAUUCAGUGACUCACUAUAAACGUAUUGCCUUUGUGCCCUGCCUUUUAGGUCUGAUUGUAAAUACCAUUAAAAAUGCCAAGUGCCACUAUUCAUAAACUUAUGGUACCAAAGUUUAGACCAGGGAUUAGAUACAAAGCUGGAGACAGUGCAGAUGUAUCUAUUACAGAUAUCUUCCCUCAAACCGAACCCUUAACUGAGUGAAAAUAUGACUCUUCCUGAUUUCCAAUGUUCUUACUGCACAGACGGCUACUUUACUUGUUGAAGCAGCAACUUCUCACGAUCAUACCCUCUAACAAAGUAUGAGUUGUUUAGAGGUUUUUAUUUACUUUACCUCAGUAUUCGGAUCAUGAUGCUGUUCUUGUCCUCAGUAUUUUCUACGCUAAUUUCCUUGACCUGUGCUUCUGGGCUAAACUCCAAAGCAGUUUGCUCAAGCAAAGUCAGUAGUAGCCCCAAGUGGUUUUCUUAACUAAUAUACCUGCACCUCUGACUAUUGGAUUGUAAUUGAUGAUAAAACCAUAAUGGAUGUUUAAAGUUAACUGGAUACAGACUUUGUAAGGGCUGCUGCUGUUUUUAAAGAAAAGUGAAAAUAGGAGUGAUCUCUUAAAUUCAGUAAAAAUGUGUAAAUUUAAAUAGAAAUUGUAUACAAUCCUAUUUUUGAAGAAUUGUAUUUUGUCUUAUUCAUGAAGUUUGUGUACAGAGCCAAUUUUUUUCAGCAAUAACAUUGACCAAUGAUUUUAUAGAGAAAUGUGCUUUGUUGUAAUGGAUUGAACUGAACCUGGCUGAUUUCAACUUUUCUUUGAGUGUUGCUUGUGACAUGAUGUGCAACAGAGGGCAUUUCCCAGUUAGUUCUAGGAUGUGGAAAUUCACUCACAGGUUCAUUUGUUACUCUCGGCCUUGGUUCGAUGUUAGGGCGCUUGCAAAAUGUUGUCGGUUCAAACUGCACUGCAGAGACUUGAGGACAGAAACCAGGCUGACACUUUGCUGACACUUAAACCAAGGCAUAACCUGCCUUCUGUACUGAACGUGAAAUCUUGUUGCACUGUUUUGAAGAGCAGGGAAUUUCUUCCUGGUGUCUUGACCAGCGUUUAUUCUGGAGCCGGCUAUAAUUUGCUCCUGUUAAAGCAUUUUGCUUCAUAUGGUUUUUAACAGCAUGUAUUGAGAAUGUAGCAAUUUUAAAUCCACUAAAUUGUGCAAACUCUUCCUUUUUAAGAGACUGAUUCAUUUGUACUUGUACAGCCAAGUUGAAAGCUCCAGCCUCUUAAGUAUAUUUCUAAGUGUGUGUGCUUUGUUAGGAAGUAAUGAUCCUUCUCCCUUUUUUCCUUUUUUGAUAAUUUAAUACUUUUUCAUAAUUUUCAAUAAAAUCUUCUUUCCGUCA